GGUGGAGCAGUCUCUCACGCCUACAGUGGUGGAAACGAAACGUCCCCAAAGCGCACACGGCGUAAGAGGAGAGUACGGCGCACACGAGUCUCUGGAAGGAAGAUAACGGUGUCUUCUAUUUACCCCCUCUCUCUCUCCACUCACAAAACACACAAGAACAAACCUGACAUUUUUUUUUUUUAGGGGGGGUUUUACAGAGUCUUCUCAUCACAACGAGGAGGAGGAGAAGCGAAGCGAAAGGGGAUUUUUGGAGAGCAAGUUUUUUUUCCUUCUUUUUUUUUUUUAAAGAGAGGAUUCUGUGUUUUUGUGUUGGUGUUUUUCACGGGUGGGUUUGUUUUAUCCGCUUGUUUCGCCGCAAAGAUGAUGGUCGGAGAGGUCGAAGUGAAGGAGCGACCGAGGCCGAGUCCCGACUAUUUGAUGCAAUUACUAAACGAGAAGAAGCUCAUGACCAGUUUGCCAAAUCUCUGCGGCAUCUUCACACACCUGGAGAGGCUUCUCGAUGAAGAGAUCAACAGAGUGCGUAAAGACAUGUACAGCGACACAGUGAAUGGCCUUGUGGACAGACACCCUCUGGAGCUGCCUGAGCCUAUCGGACCCAUCGUCCACCUGCAGGAAAAACUGUUUGUGCCUGUCAAAGAGUACCCUGAUUAUAACUUUGUGGGGAGAAUCCUUGGCCCUCGGGGACUCACAGCCAAACAGUUGGAAGCAGAGACGGGAUGCAAAAUCAUGGUGCGAGGCAAGAGCUCCAUGAGAGACAAGAAGAAGGAGGAGCAGAACAGAGGGAAGCCAAACUGGGAACACUUAAACGAAGACCUUCAUGUCCUGAUCACAGUGGAAGACACGCAGGGCAGAGCUGAGAUCAAGAUGAGGAGAGCAGUGGAGGAGGUCAAGAAGCUCCUCGUACCUGCUGCGGAGGGAGAAGACAAUUUGAAGAAGAUGCAGCUGAUGGAGCUGGCGAUCCUCAAUGGGACAUACAGAGACAACAACAUCAAAACACCCACCCUUGCAUUCUCUCUUGCAGCGGCGGCAGCAGCCGCUCAGGGCCAACGCCUCAUAGCGGCCCCCAAUGGUCAAGUUAUGGCUCCCCAGGGACUCCGGCCCCCAACACCGGGCGGGGGCCCCAUCAUGAACCUCAUCCGGCCCGGUCAGAUGGCUGCCAUGCUCCCCAAUGGCACGCCCACACUGGUGCCUCCCCAAGAUGGCGGGCUUAUCUACACCACCCCUUACGACUACCCUUACGCCCUGGCACCCACCUCCCUGCUGGAGUACCCCAUCGAGCACAGUGGGGUUCUAGGUGCAAUGGCUACUAAAGUGAGACGGCAUGACACGCGGGUCCAUCCUUACCAAAGGAUUGUGACCGCUGACAGAGCCGCCACCGGCAACUAACACAUGACCUUCUGACCUCUGAACUCUUCACCCAAUGACGAGCCGCCCCAAGCCUGCCUGCUGAUCAGUUAACUGGUAAUUGCCUUUUGCUAGCCUCUCGGACGCAAGUGAGAGAGAGAGAGAGAGAGAGGCGCCUGCCCGUACAGUUACCCUAACACGUUCUGACAAAAAACUAGAAACCAACGCAGAAUCUUCACAGAAACACAACAAAACCCAACAACAGUUGUGUCAUUUUUUUCCCUCUGUUCAUUGAGUUCAAUUCCCAUUCUUUCUCUUUCUUUUUCGUCAUGAAUCAUAUAUUGGGUGGAUGUGUUUGUGGUAUUACUCAUGAAUCUGCACUGAAUUAUAUAGCAAUAAAGACCCCAACCUGCCCACCCACCCACCCUCCCUCCUUUAAUCGCUCUAAUUUGGUGACCUCACUUGAAUCAAAUCAAUAUCUAUUUGACGCAAAACCAUUUGGUUUCAGAGUAAUGAUCCCACUCCCUCUAAAAAAAAGCAAAGAGCCCCCUACCUGUCCCACCCUGUUCCGACACCCACCUACUAGGAGAGAAAAAGAAAUAGAAGGAAAGAGAACAUACACUCACAUUAACUUGUUUAAUUUCUGUCAUUUUUCACAUGUAGUGCAGUUUGUUGAGCUCUAAAAAUUGUAAUUAUGAGCUGACACAUUCUGGGUGUGCCCCUCCAAACAGCUUUCUGUCUGUUUUUUUUUGUUAAAGCAUGGCUGAAAUGAUUGCAAAAAAAAAAAAGCUUUUUAUGAUUUAUGUGUUUUUUCUUCUGGCUUUACUUUUCGAGUCAUUUUUCUCCACUUGAUUUUGGUUUCUCUGUUGUUCACAUUUGACUAAUUAGCUUUGCAAAGAAAUUGACGAGCCAAAAUAAGGCAGGUGGUUAUCUCUGGAAAAACAAAAACGCAAUCUGAUGUUUUUUGAAAAGCAGGCUUUGCAGAAACUGAGAAAUGAUGAAGGGCAUGAUGGGAAGGUCACUAUUUGGGCUGAGGGGUCCGUGUGUGUGUUUUUUUUUAAUUAAUACUACAAUGAAAGUAGGGUGUGCUGAGGCUUCGGGGACAUUGGAGCAGAGCUUAUUAGCUACUGACCAUUGCUACGCCCCCAUCCACACUACAUCCAUUAUACAGUGCCUGAUGUAUUUAGAAAAAUUCUCUCAAUGAGUUAGCUGAGCUGUGAUCGAAAAGACAAAAAAAAAGUAUUAAGUGUGCAUAUUUAGCCAAAGGGUUUUCCAAUGAAUUAUAUAUCUGCAAUUAUGCAUCUGCCUCACAGAGGGCUCUCUUUGUGAUUUUAGAGUUUGGAAGGGUGUGAAUUUGUGGUGCCUGCCUUCAGCUGGAUCAGUUAGAUGAGUUUUGACCCAUUAAUGCUCUAAUUUUUCUGAGGAGGUAAAACGCAGGCUAUUAACACUAAAUCAACACAAUGACAGUACAUAGCUAGGGGGAUUGAAGUUCUGUACAUAAAUGCUUUUUCAUGAGGCUUCUAUAUUGAGUUGUUUCAUCAGCCACAUUUGCCAAAAGAAUGUUUAUUUCUUUAUUUUUUGCAUUUUUGCAUCUCAACAUUUGGCCAUUUUUUUAAGUGUCUUUUUAUUUUGAACCCCAGUCAUCAGUUGGGGCAUCAGGUGGGCAUAAUCUGAGCCUUCCUGACAAUUAGAAAUCAUAUUUUUGUUUAUUAUUUUAGCGAUGAAACAUUUAUUUUCAACACAAGACGAACCCUCCAAAAGCGCAUCCACAAUGUGUCACAUUUCCCUGUGAUCGUAGUCUAGCUCCUGAGCCCACAAUCUUUUUUGUUCAACUCUCUCAAGAAAAAAUAGGAUGUGAAAGCCAUGCCUGCCUGUUCAAAUUGCUUUAUACAUACGUCUUAUAUAUAUAUAUAUAUAUAUAAAUAUAAAUAUAUAUAAAAAUGUAGAUAUCUGUCAUUGCAUAUACAAAUACAGAAGAGAACAAAAAAUAGAUAAUUUUACAGGGUGCUGGAGAAGAGAAAAAAAUUGAAAAAUCUAUUUUUGGCAAUUUUAGCUUUUGAUACUUUACUUGCAGUUACAAAAUCUGAAAAAAAAAAUUAAAUAAAAAAAAAAAUAGGGGGAAAACAGAAAAAUUGAGUGGGUGAAGAAAAAAAAGUGCUGUUACUUUGGAUACGAUUGGAAAAGGAAGACGAAGACCAAAACAGUCAUAACCGUGGAAAAAGUUAGCGAGGAUCAGAGCGAGACAGACGCCUCGAGAGGAGUUUUAAAAGGAUCAAAUCAAAGUGCCUUAUCAACAGUGGUUUCUGUUUUCUGAGUAUUCCAGUUGUGUUCAAUAAUAUCCAGCACCCACCGAGAUGGCGCAGAGAGGAACGGCUAGUGUUACGCGCUCUGAAUAGUCGAGCAGGGUAGCUCCCACCGUAUCGUGGCGUUACCCGAGUUAUUCUAUGCAAAAAGAAUAGCAGUCGUUUUGACCAGCUAAAAUAUGUGCCAUGGUUUUGUCUUCCUGAAAUUAUUAUUUUCUUUUUCCUUUACUUGAUGGCCCUUUACUCUGCUGUACGUGCAGGUUUUUGUUCUCUUUUUAUUUAGAAUUUUAAAAUGAUCAUAUGAAAUAUUGUCUUGAUUUUUGGUGACUGUGACUAACUUCCUAGAACAAAUUGAACUGCCAAUAGCAAUGCAGUAGUCUGCCUCAACAUGUUAUGAUCAUGAGCUGAGAACAAAUACAUAAAGGGGGAUGGAUAUCGGGGAAAGAGGGGGGGAGUCGUCCCCGUUGGCAUUAAGCCCGUUUGUUUCAACGGCUGAAAACUGAACGCAUCCAGUCCGCGUCUCUCGAUGUCAAUUUGACAACAAACUAUCAAUACAAUCACGAGAUUUAGAACGGAUGGAUAAUGAAGCUCCAUUUCACGGCCAAAUAGUUUUCAGUUAUUGAAACAACUGACAGUUUAUUGCUGGAAGGUGAAAUAAACUCGUAAUAUAACUGAGGAAUUUCUUAGAUCCCAAUAUUACCUUUGGCAGUUUGUUUUUCUAUUCAUAGCUCUUUCAUCAUGCUGUUACACCGAAAGGUCAAUGAAUUUUUUUUUUUUUUCUUUCUCAGUGUUAUUAUUUUAAAUUGAAAUGCAAUAUUAAAGUGGAGCAAGUGAUGGCUAUUCAGCAUUUGACAGUAUUAAGAAAAUUCCCUCUGCAAUGUUACAUUGUGAAAGGCUGGAUAAGUCCAUCAGGUGAAAGGUUAACUCUAUACCUACCGUAUUCUCUCUGGCCUGCCUACUACAUGUAUGAUAAUGUAAUUAACAGCCAUUGUUACAGGUUUAUAAUGUAUUUUUCUAAUCUCAUUUUAUAUGUAUAUUAAUCAUGUUUCUGAGUGCUUUUUUUUUUUUUUUUUUUUUAAUGAAACCCACUUCCCUCCCCUUAAAAACGCCCCCUCUCUUCCUCCCCUCCCCCUCCUCCCCCCUCUUCUCUUUUACAUCUUGAAAACUGUCUCUUGUGGGGAGUGUUGCCUUUUUCCCUGUUAUAUUUUGUUUUCUUGCCAAUUCCCAGCUUGUUUAACUCAUUAGCUACUUUAUUAGUUUUCUUGUCAUAAGUAUUUUUACAUGCUUGCAUUUAGUUUUCAUGGUGUAUGCUGUUAUUUUUCUUAUUAACCUCUUGGCAUUUAUUUUAAUAAAACAUUCUUAGUAAGAAUUUUACUAACUUGCUGAUAUUUUGUCUUGUGUUUUUAACCAGUUUCAUGAAUGUAUUACCUUGGUCUGGUUCACGGACUAACCCGAUUAAAACUGGUGUCUGGCCACCACUCACACUGACUGAUUCACACUAAAUAAACACACGCUGUGCACAUACAACACAUGCACACAAACACACACACAACCUAACUGGAAACUGCACGAGUUGAUAAGCGUCCCUCACUCCCGCUCACGCACUCUCACCUCUGCACUGGAGAAAUCUGCUGACACUCUUCAUACUUGCCCUCCCCGCUCAGUUCCAACGCCGCUGCUGUGUCUCGUCGUCUCUGUUUUAGAGACAAAACUCUCUUGUUAGUUGUCCUGUCCUUCUGUGUCACUCACCCACCCCACGUGAGACGGCAGGAAGUGUCGCAGUGUCUGGGAGGGAGGGGGGUGUAGGCUGCAUGUUAUUUGAGGUUAACUUCUGGGUCAGCUGAACAAAGCACACUCUGACUAAAAGGGUGAUUUGUCCAAAAAAAAAAACUCCUCCUCUUUCUCUAACUAUUAGUGCAGCCAUAAUCUGUGCAAAAAUACUGCAGAUUAGUCAUCUCAAAAGGAUUAAUUUUACUGUGAAUUACGUAGCGAGCAGGACAUCUCAUGAGCACACAUUGUAGAUGUAGUGAGUUAUGUACAGCGGACACAUAGAUGUGUGAUAGUCUAAAGCUGUCCCCAGCCUGUGUUUUCCUCCAUUGCCUCCAUGGCUUGUUAUGCCUGGAUAGCAGCAUUAUAGUUAUCACCAGCUGUUGUCUGUUUGGUGAACACUUCUCCCCAUUCGGCUUAUUGAUAUAAUGGCUAAUACUGGGCCAUUUGGGAGCAUCCAUAAUGCUUAGACACACACCAGUACACCAUGCCAAUAUGAAGUACUUUGGGAUCAAAACAACCUUACUAUUCCUUCCAGUGUAAAAUGCUGAUAUGGCGUUCAGCUAGCUAGUAUUUAUUGUUUUCCGUCUGAAACGCUGCCAGUGUGUGUUGUUCACUCUACUGCUGUGUCAGUUCACUCGUCCCUGGGUUCAUUCAGCUCUCUUCUCUCUAUUCAGCUUCUUUUUUUUUUUCCCCCUCUCCUCCUCCUUCACUAAUUCAAGGUAUUGACACUGACACACAAGCAAAAAGAUUAACUUCAUUAAUCCCGAUUAUUACUUUAACCCACUGAGUGAUGCCUCCAGAUUUUCUUCUUUGUUUUCUCCUUUUUAAAGUCUGCACAACAAAAAAACAACUUGGCCUUAACUGUUGCAAUUCUCUUCAUGUCUCAGCAAGUAAAGAACAAGGAAGGAUUAAAGGUGUCUAACAUCAAAUUUAACAUUUCUCUCCUCUCUGAAAUUAACAUUUUUGUGUCUUUGAUCUAAAAAAGAAACGAGUGUUUUCGCCUACAACACCUGCUAAAACACCAGCAAUACUGGAUUACCAGCAGCCAGCCUAAAUACAUUUGGUGCUGUAAGCCAUAAGCUUUUUGUAUUUAUUAAUGUAGGAUUGGCCUUUAAUGUUUUUGAUUGGCUCCUCUGUGCCGUAUGCAACUUGAGCUCCAAUCCGUCCAUCAGCAGUGGAUAUAUUUAUGCCGUCACGAGCCUCUCCUAAUAUAUAUAUGUCCGAGAGGUUUGCCUCAACUGCCAAGCUGAUGAAAAAACAUUCUUUUCCAGAGCACAAUGUAUUACAAACACUGCCUAAAAUAAUGCAUCUGUGAGUUAAAAAAAAAGUGCCUUUUUUCCUGCGAUUGGAAAAUAUAUAUUUUUGUACUUUUUAUCAUGCAAGUGCCAAUUUUCUGUCUUCCUUUAUCUCGCCAAAAAGCUUUUUUGUUGAGCACAAAAAAACUAAAUGCCCACGCUUUUUUAUUUUUUUCAGCAUAUACUCAAAAAAAUAAAAUCUAUACAAGGAAAGUUUGACCAAACAUCAUGCAUUUGGUCAUCGUUUCCCACCAUUAAACUUCGGCUUAAUGGAUCCUGUUUUGAAUUUAACUGAGAACUGUUUUUCUGAAUGGACCACAGUAUGUCGCAAACGCCUGUUUGCAUACUGCUGGCCAUCUCUGGCCAAGUUCUCAGCGCCUUCUCCAGAAAUCUGUCGCAGGGCAUUCAGUGCAUUUAUCUACUAACUACCUUUUCACCUGUCAAUCUUUUAUUUUUCUUCUGUUCUGUUUAACAAACAUUCCUCCAAUGAGUUAAACGGCAGGUCAACCAAUCAGUAUUGGUUUCAGCGAUGUAGCACUCAGGUGGUUAAAGGGCAAAUGCUACCAAAAUACGGAAUGAUUUUUUUUUUUUUAGCCCCACUGGAUUUUUGUGUUUUUGACUGUGAUAAGUAUGCAUUAAAAGUAAUACAUCUUUUUCCUAAAAUUAUACUAGUAUGGUAUAUACUGUAAGUUCCUCAUCCAUAUAGUGGUGCACUAAAAUCUGUGAGAUUUUUUUUGUGGAGUUGUAAGUUUUCAUGUGAAGUAGCCUUUGUUUUGUUUUUGUGUUACGUUGUUUUUAUAGAGGGUUAGACUGAGAAUUUUGAAUAGGGGUGUAAAACAUGUAAUGCCAGUUUUUGUUGCUCACACCAAAAAAAAACAAAAGAAAAAAAGGAAAACAAAUGUCAUGUGUGCAAUAAAGAACCAUAUUUACAAGCUUC